UUCUGGGUGUCAAUGGUUGUUUGCUUUUUGGGCUUAGGCGUACUAUUUGAUAGGUUGAAAGGUUCGUGAAUGACAUUCAUUGUGCUGUUCUCCAUAAUCAAGUCCUUCGAUAAUCUGGAUAUUUAUAUCUUGGUCUAGUCCUAAUGAAUCGAGCUCCAUCCUUUCCUGCUCCACAGCAAUGGUUAUUAGAGAUACUAUUUGUAUUCCUACUAUAUUCAUCUUGCCGAAUCCGUGAGAACCCUAGCUUGGCUUAUAUAUCCUUUUGGAGCCUUAAUUGGCGUAUCAUGUGAAUACAGUCACAAAUCAUGGAGGAGAUCGAAAAAACACCGCCGUGGAUUGCCUUCCACGGAAUUUCUCUAAUGGUAUUCCUGGCAGCAAAUGCCAUACUAUUGCAGCAAGACAAGCCUACUAUGGUUAUUGACGCUGGAUCGUUGGAAAGCCUGGACCAACUGUAUUGUGAAGCACGCCAUUGGUUGGAUAACUAUGGCAAUAAGGUUAAAUUGGUGCUUCUUCUAGCUAUUCAGCGAGACUAUCAGAAGUUCCUGCUUGAAAGGUGGCAAAUGCACGAAGGUCAACCAGUCAGGGUUCAAGAAUUCAAGAUUGCUCCUGCUGACUGUGAUUGCGGCGCUGUGGAUGUUAGGCCAGAUGGUAUGGAUCUGUGUGGCUCCCUUAUACCGCCACAUCUUUGUGAACUACUUGAACCUCCGCUCCUGGUUACAACAAAGCGUCCAGAAACACUAAGAUGGAGGACUGCAAUAGACAAGAACUGGGCCAGACUGCCCAACAUGAGACUACACCAUGAUGCUUCGAGCAACAGACUAAUCAUAAAGUUCGUCAAGACCGGUCACGGCAUUGCAACUAGGCAGUUCCAAGAAGAGCUCAUGAAGAAUGUCAGCAGUUAG